CUGACCCGGGGGUGCCUUUGGAAGGAGUCCCCAGGGAAAGAAACUAGCUCCUAGAAGCCCAGUUGGGGCUUCUUCCCCUUGAUCUCCUGCCAGGGAGGGGAGAGUCCAUUCAGGGCUGGCUCCCUCCCCAUCACCCUCGUCUCUCUGCCGCUCCAACUCUGCCCUCCCUCCCGGGCAUCCUUUCUGUCCUCCUCCAUGGAUCUCUCUUUUUCUGCCUUCUCUGUCCUCCUGGUCUCCCCAGCUUUAGUCCCCCUCAUCCUGAUUGGUUCUUCUUCCUUUGUUUUGCCCUCCUGGCUUGGUGUUCAGGAUUUUCUCUCCUAGUCCAUGAUCUCUGACCCUCCCCUGUCCAUCUGUUUCUGGUCUCCUCAUCUGUCAGCACCCCCCACCGUUACUUUUCUGGGUGGGGGGCUCUUGCCUUCUCCAGUCCCGGGAAGUCCAGACUCUCCCGGCACCUGCGCUCAGGAGCCUUCCGCCCUUUGGAGAACUCUUAGCUCAAACUCCUCCUUUGCCCCUCCCCCUGCCCUGCUCACCUUUAAUUGAGAUGCUAAUGAGGCUUCCGUCGCUUCCAUCCCAGCCUGGCGGGCGGGCUCCCUAGCCAGGCCGUUGCACCUGUCAGGCUCAUGAAAGGAGAGCAGCGUGAGGAGCAGGGGCCGGGCCCCGAACCCACGGCUCCCCUGCAGCCCACAGAAGAGGAGGAGGCCCUGAUAGAGUUCCACCGCUCCUACCGAGAGCUCUUCCAGUUCUUCUGCAACAACACCACCAUCCACGGCGCCAUCCGACUGGUGUGCUCCCAGCACAACCGCAUGAAGACGGCCUUCUGGGCCGUGCUGUGGCUCUGCGCCUUCUGCAUGAUGUACUGGCAGUUCGGCCAGCUGUUCGGGGAGUACUUCAGCUACCCCGUCAGCCUCAACAUCAACCUCAACUCCGACAAGCUCGUCUUCCCCGCGGUCACCAUCUGCAACCUCAACCCCUACAGGGACACGCAAAUUAAAGGGGAGCUGGAGGAACUGGACCGCAUCACCGAGCAGACGCUCUACGAUCUGUACAAGUACAACUCUUCCAGCACCGUGGGGGCCCACCCCCGCGGUCGUCGCGACCUCGGGGAGACUUGGCCGCACCCCCUACAGCGCCUGGCGGUCCCGGCCCCGCCCUCCCGGGCCCGCCAAGCCCGCAGCGCCAAAUCGAUUGUGCAGGACAACAACCCCCAAGUGGACAGGAAGGACUGGAAGAUCGGCUUCCAGCUGUGCAACCAGAACAAAUCGGACUGCUUUUACCAGACUUACUCGUCAGGGGUGGAUGCAGUGAGGGAGUGGUACCGUUUCCACUACAUCAACAUUCUUGCGAGACUUCGAGACACUUCUCCGGCCCCGGGGGAGGACAUGCUGGACAACUUCAUCUUCGCCUGCCGCUUCAACCAGGCCUCCUGCAGUCAGGCGAAUUACUCUCACUUUCAUCACCCGAUGUAUGGGAACUGCUACACAUUCAAUGGCAAGAACAGCUCUAACCUCUGGAUGUCUUCUAUGCCUGGGAUCAAAAAUGGUCUGUCCCUAACACUGCGCACAGAGCAGAAUGACUUCAUCCCGCUGCUGUCCACAGUGACUGGGGCCAGGGUCAUGGUCCACGGGCAGGAUGAGCCUGCCUUCAUGGAUGACGGCGGCUUUAACUUGCGGCCUGGUGUGGAGACCUCCAUCAGCAUGAGGAAGGAAGCACUGGACAGGCUUGGGGGCAACUAUGGUGACUGUACCAAGAAUGGCAGUGAUGUCCCUGUGGAGAACCUUUAUCUUUCCAAGUACACACAGCAGGUGUGCAUCCGCUCCUGCUUCCAGGAGCACAUGAUCAAGCAGUGUGGCUGUGCCUACAUCUUCUAUCCACUGCCCAAGAAUGCGGAGUUUUGUGACUACAGGAAGCACAAUUCUUGGGGUUACUGUUACUAUAAGCUCCAGGAUGCCUUUUCCUCGGACCGCCUGGGCUGUUUCACCAAGUGCCGGAAGCCAUGCAGUGUGACCGGCUACCAGCUAUCUGCUGGUUAUUCACGAUGGCCCUCAGUGACAUCUCAGGACUGGGUCUUCCGGAUGCUAUCCCAACAGAACAAUUAUACUAUUAACAACAAAAGAAAUGGUGUUGCCAAACUCAACAUCUUCUUCAAGGAGCUGAAAUACAAAACCAACUCUGAGUCUCCCUCUGUCACGAUGGUCACCCUCCUGUCCAACCUGGGUAGCCAGUGGAGCCUGUGGUUUGGCUCCUCGGUGCUGUCUGUGGUGGAGAUGGCUGAGCUCGUCUUUGACCUCCUGGUUAUUACAGUCCUCAUGCUACUCCGUCGGCUCCGAAGCCGCUACUGGUCUCCAGGCCGAGGGGGCAGGGGUGCCCGGGAGGUGGCCUCCACUCCAGCCUCCUCCGUCCCCUCCCAUUUCUGCCCCCAUGCCAUAUCCCCUUCCUCAUCCCCACCAGGCCCUGCAACUUCCCCAGCCUUGACAGCCCCUCCCCCUGCCUAUGCCUCCUUGGACCCCUGCCCAUCUCCAUCCAGCUUGGUGAGGACCAGCGCCUCCGUCUGUACUCUGGGGGAGCCCUGAGAGGGAAGGAGAGUGUCCCCCUCCACCCAAGGCAGGCGCUUCCCCUGGUGGGAGGGGGAAGGCUUGGCAGGAUGAGAGAAAGUUUGGGGACUUCCUCUCAGAGCUGCCCAACUGCCUUUGGUGUGGGGGAGGGAAGCAGGAUGGGUAAGGGGCUACAGAAAUGGCCCAGUGAGCAGGGGCCAAGGAACCUGCCCAGAAUGGCCCUGUCUCCUGCCCUGUACCCUCUGGUCCUGCCUCGAGAAGACGCUUAUUUCCCUCCCCAAGUGCAAACAAGUCUGCCUUUCCCUUGGAUCAGCCAGGCCACACUUGGAGCUUCGACAAGGAGCCUUCCCUGGAAACCGCUGGCAACCGGAAACAAAACACAAGCAAGAGAACACAAAGGCAUGCACAUUUCCUACCCAGCCCCGGGCCUGGCCACGCUGCUUUCCAGUAGACACGUUAGCACCUCUUCUUGAACUUGAGUGGGGAACACCACCCAAAAGCCCCCUUUGUUAGUUCUUGGGCAAUUCCCCUUCCCAGGGCAGGGACUGGAACAGACCAGUGUAGGAAAGACUUGGCCAUUCUUAGGUGGCCCCAGGACUCUUCCAGUCUCAUCUACCCUACGUCCCCACGGAGCCAUACCCCCUACCUCUGCAUCCUUUAUAGCUCUGCAUAUUUGGUCCAGUUCUCUGCUCAGCCUGGAAGCUUUCCUCACCAUCUGGAGAAUUCCUGCACAUCCCUUAGAACCCUACUCCGACACCACUACUUCUGCAAAGACUUCGGUUCCUUCUUGUCUUCCCCAGAGUUGAUCACUUCCCUCUCCCCUGGACUCCCAUAGCGCAGCAUAACAUCUGUUUUAGAGCUGAUGUUGCCUGAUGUUUAGAGCUGAUGAUGUAUGCUUUCUUGUUCCUUUGUGCCUGCCUCCCCAACUAAACUGUGAGCUCCUUGGGGUCGGGGACGGAGUCUUGUUCAUUUAUGUAUCCUCAGGGUCUAGCCCGGUGUCCCGCUUAGAGCAAGUAGGCAGGCGCUCAAUAAACGUUUGCUGCAUAAGGAA